AUGGCAUACCAUUCGGAGCAGUGUUCCCCGGGGUCUGAUGCUCUUGAAGGCGAAGUCAUCGCGACUCCUCUCACUCUGGAUCAAAUGCCGAAUGAGAUUGUUCUCGACUUUCUUAAAACUAUGCCUGACAUGAAUUCUCUGCAUGCCUUUGCGGCGUCCUGCAAGACAGUCUACAAGAUCUAUCAGUACAACCAAGUCCACAUCUUGACCAAGGUCUUCUUGGACAAGAUAGACGAAGGUGUCUACGAAGAGGCUGUCAUAGCCGAGCGUCUGAAGCGAGAGACGUGGAAAGACGCCCAAGAUGGCAGCGACUCGAUUUGCCGUGUGUACGAAAGUGAACAAGGCAUCCACAACCAGGAUCUAACUCUGCAAGACAUGAAAAACAUGUGGAGUCUUCACAAGAGCGUCGAGUACUUUUCUGAUCGACUGCCUACGACACUUCUUCGAGAACAUCCCGUCACUAACGUGGAGGGUCACUUCUCUCUCACUCCAAGUGUUCGGGCUCGUUUUCAGAGAGCUUUGUACCGUUUGUCGUCGCACUUCAUCAUUAUAGAGAAGAUCGAAGCUUUGCCUGAUGGUGGCCCAGCUAGUGGUGGUGAUCCAGACUGGGACGUGCGGCAUCGUUGGCCAGUCGAACCCCUUACAGUAAAUCGACACUAUGUUCUCCUGGCCUUUCACAAGCAUUACUCCGCCUUUGAAGUAGAGCAGCUGCGCUGUCUCUCCAUUCUCUUAGUCACUGAAAUAGCGCCAUACUUCCAUGACUUCCUCGAGCACGAUAUCGAACUUGGCGCUCGUCUCGAUACCUACAUCGAUAGACCCCUGCACCAGGGCGGAAUGGGCUUGGUUGCUCUUGGGCUCCCCUGGUUGCACCGCCUACUGACGGCCGCCACGCGAGAUGAUCUCUACGAGGUCGUCCGUCCCGUCGCUGAUCAUAUCACACGCGUCUGGAAUUGCAGACUACAUCCCACUUUUCCCAUGUCCGAUGUGCCAAACUACGUGGAAUUCGGUGAACCUGAUAACAUGUCCGAUCCCACCUUUUGGGAAACUGUUGACCUUUGGGAAAAUGGCAAGAUUCCAGACUACGUUAUGCGCACACCUUUUUUCAACGAUCGUGACAGCGGUCCUGCCAGCGCAUGGUCUGCCAUGAGUCAGUUCUGCAUGAAUUUGAAAAACCACGGGUUGAACGAUUGGCCCUUCAACCUUCCAAAGCUUCCGUGA